AUUGUCCAAAUACACAGAAAAAACUGAGACACUAUUGUAAAUAGUGACUUACUAAUAUGAAGAUGGCGUUUAUUAAAGAGGAGAGUGAAGACAUGAAGAUUGAAGAAACAUUCAGAGUGAAACUAGAAGAAACUGAGGAAAAAACAGACCUGAUGCAGCUGAAAGAAGAGAAUGAAGGACUGAAUGAAAUGGAAGAGAAAGAUCAGUAUGAGAAACAUUGUGAUUUCAUAAAUGGAGACAAAUCUUUAAGUUGCUCAGGGAUCGAAAAGGCUUCCCCUCGAAAAAGAGGCCAAAAGACAGGAGCUAGAAGUAAUGUCAAAUGCCAACAGUGUGGAAAGAGUUUUGGUAAACAUGGAUACAUUAACAUCCACAUGAGGAUUCAUACUGGAGAGAAGCCUUACUCCUGCCAACAAUGUGGAAAAAGUUUCACUCAAAAAGGAAGCCUUAAAGUCCACAUGAGAAUUCACACUAGAGAGAAGCCUUACAAGUGCAAACAGUGUGGAAAGAGUUUCAAUGAAAAACGAGGCCUUAAAAUCCACACGAGAGUCCACACUAGAGAGAAGCCUUACACCUGCAAGCUGUGUGAAAAGUGUUUUACACAUAAACAAACCCUUGAUUUCCACAUGAAAACUCACACUGGAGAGAAGCCUUACACCUGCAAACUGUGCGAGAAGAGCUUCUUACGAAAAGAUAGUCUUGAGAAUCACCUGAGAAUUCACACUGGAGAAAAGCCGUUUGUAUGUGCUCAGUGUGGAAAAGGUUUCAAACGUAAAGAAACACUUAAUUCCCACAUACGAAUUCACACUGGAGAGAAGCCUUACCCUUGCAAACUGUGUCCGAAGAGCUUCUCACAACAAGGAAACCUUAUGACCCACAUGAGAAGUCACACAGGAGAGAAGCCAUUCGUAUGUGGUCAAUGUGGAAAAAGUUUCAGCAUUAAAGUAAACCUUAAUAUGCACAUGCGGAUUCACUCGAGAUAAACUGUUUUAAAUGUCAUUAAUGUGGAAUGAGUUUCAUAAAAGAAAACCUUUCAAAAUAUGUAUCUGUGAAAUUUGUGUAUCUAUGUUCACACUGCAACUGAAUGUUGGCCAAAUCUGAUCGUCCACCUUCUUGAAUACUUAUUUUAUUUGCAUACAUUGCUUAUAUUCAUUAUACCUUGACUUUAGGCUUUUUCUUUUCU